ACUGAAAAACAAUAAUUAAAAAUAAUACCUGUAUAUUACUGCAUAAUAAUUAAAUGAAAUUAAACUUUACUGCUGUUCAUAACAUUAAAAUUUUAAAGUGAUCCAAUUAAAAGUGAAAUUUUUUUUCCCUCAAUUAACAACAGCAAUCAUUAUCAUCAUCAUGAGGCUGUCAGGUCCCGGCAGGUGUUCGGUUCCCUGCGUUAAUGGAUCAGCUGUGAUCGGUGAUCGAUCCUACGUGCGCAGCCCCGCCUCCCACCGUGUUGUCUGACCGGAGGAUGAGGAGUCUUUAGGAGGCUAACAGCUAACGUCACGGAGCGGCGGCACCGGGCCCGUUUCUCUCGUUCCUUCAUGUUCUGACGUCGUCCAGCGGAGCCUUCACCGUCACGAACCGGACCGGACUUCACAUGUCCGCGGCUGUGCGCUGCCGGCGACCCGGGUAGCUCUGCGGGGAGAUGCGGCAGCAGCUAGCAGCUAGCCGUUAGCCCCGCAGCUGUUAUGUAAGCGCGGAGCGACUAGCCGCGCAGCUAACGUUAGCCGCCGCCAUGAAUGACGCGCAGCAAGAAAUGUCUCCGGACUUCGUGCUCAUGCGGCUCGUGUCCGCCGCGGAGUACGACCGGCUGGACGAGCCCGACGAGCUGAUGUCCGGGGGCGGCGGGUUCGGCCCCGUCAAAGCCGCGCUGGGCCGCCACGGCAGCGGGUUCGAUGUGGAUUCUGGCGGCCCCUCGGCAGGCCUCGGCUCGGCAUCACCGCAUUACAGCUCUCCGCUACCCGGGAAAGGAGAGCUGAGCGGCGGGCUGGGGCUGACGCAGGCCCCGUCGGGCUCCGAGACGCCGCUGUCGCCCCCUCCGUCCGAGGACUUUGUGGACUUCCCGGUGCCGCGCGGGCACGGCUCUGCGGGGCACGGAGCGCAGCUGAUGGUGCUCCAGAACUUGCUGCGGUCCGGAGACCGGAUCCUGGAGUGCGGGCUGGAGCAGCCGCCCCCGGGCUUCCUGCAGGAGGAGGCAGAGCGACAGAGACAGCAGCUGGACCCGGGGCCGGGCACGGGUCCCGGCAGCGCGACAGCUGGUCCCGGUGGAGGAAAGGACCAGAGCCCCCCUUCGCAGGUGAACCUGCAGCCGCAGCAGCUAUUGCAAUGGCACCCGGUCCUGAGGCUGGGCUCCCAGGCCCCCCAGCGGGGCGUCCCGGCUCUGGACUCGGAGUCUGGGUCGGUCCUGUGCCACACACACCACCUGCUGACAGACCGGCUGGCUAAGUGGCCCCCAGGCCUGCUGGACCAAGCCCUGCGGGCAGGACUACUGGAGCCCAGGAAGACCUGUCCCCCCAGAUGUCAGAACCCGGUCCUGGCUCCGGCCCAGAGGCCAGUACACCCGGGGGAGGGGAGGGAAGGAGGUGGCGGGCAGGAUCUGGUGCUCUCGCUUCCUCGCUGUUCCUGCCAUGGCGUCCUGGCCUCGGGGUCGGGGGGCAUUGGGCCUGGUGAGGACCCCAGCGAGACGAGCGACGCCCUGCUGGUCCUGGAGGGUCUGGGGUCAGAGGAGGUGGGGGGACUCGGGGCAGAGUCCGGGGAUGCGGAGGGGGAGGACACAGAGAAAACCGAGUGGGUGGUGGGUGCAGGGACGCCUGGGGGGGCGGGGCCUGUGUUCUCCAGUGGGACUCUCAGCGGGCUGAUGCGGCAGGUGCACAGACUGGCAGAGGAGGCGGGGGUGUGCACAGAUCAGAGCUGCCGGUCCUCACUCGCCGUUCUUGGCGCCACCGUGUCCCUCCCCUCCUGCGCGGACCCCCAGCCCCUCAUCGGCAGCACCGCCAACCCCUGCCCGUACCCGCCCGUCCGCCCACCACUCUCCCAGGCUGCUGCGGUGCUCCCCGACCCCCUCCCAUCCUCUGACCCAAGCCGUCGCCCACAGCAUCAGCACCAGUCGCGCUCCCAGCCACAGAGCCGUGCCGCUACCCCUAAACUGGGUGUGGCUUCUGGGGGAGCGGGUCGGUCAGCCUCCCCUCUGGUGGUCCUGGAGGGGGAGGGGGGUGCAGGAGGAAGGGAGGGGGAGAAGAUGCCACGGGGGAAGUCGAGGAAGGGGGGGUCGCUGAAAGUCCGGCUCAGCAAGCUAUUCAGAACCAAGAGCUCGAGUGGCGGCUCGGGGGGGCUGCUAGACAAGAGGCCGUCCUUAGCGUCGUCCACAUCAUCGGGUGGCAGCCUGUUGGACGUGUGGGGGUCCACCUGCAGCAACCCAGACCAGGACGGCAGGCUGCAGGUAUCCAGACCUCACAGUGCCUUCUCUCCGGUGCCCUUCACUCCGGCUUUCACCGGUGAGACGGUCUCUCUGGUCGAUGUGGAUAUUUCUCGGAGGGGGGGGAACUCUCUCCACCCCCCCACUCCUCCUCCCCCUCCCAGACGGAGCCUCAGUUUGCUUGAUGAUUUCGGGGGUCCUCCUCAGCAGCACGGCCCCUUCAUGGAGCGCAGCGCCGGGGCCUCCAUGCAGUCGCUGCCCCCCCGACCGAUGGCCCUGCCCCCCUCCCUCAACACCAUCCAGCACAGCCUGAGCCUCAACGACACCUUCCUGCGAGGUUUACCUCGACCCGUCCCCCUGCGGCCCGACGGCCACCACCCGCCCCCACGGCUCGCCCCUCGCUGCCCGCUCAGUCGACCCGAUGCCGGCAGCUUCGCCACCAGCCUCAGAGAGCUGGAGAAGUGCGGCUGGUACUGGGGGCCAAUGAACUGGGAGGACGCCGAGAUGAAGCUGAAGGGGAAACCGGACGGCUCGUUUCUGGUGCGGGACAGCUCAGACCCGCGCUACAUCCUGAGUCUGAGCUUCAGGUCGCAGGGAGUCACACACCACACACGCAUGGAGCACUACAGAGGGACGUUCAGCCUGUGGUGUCACCCAAAGUUUGAGGACCGCUGUCACUCGGUGGUGGAGUUCAUCGAGCGAGCCAUCAUGCACUCCAAGAACGGAAAGUUCCUGUACUUCCUGCGCUCGCGAGUCCCAGGUCUGCCGCCGACCCCGGUCCAGCUCCUGUACCCGGUCUCCAGGUUCAGCAGCGUUAAGUCUCUGCAGCAUCUCUGUCGCUUCUGCAUCAGACAGCUGGUCCGGAUCGACCACAUCCAGGAGCUGCCGCUACCCACACCUCUGAUCUCCUACCUGAGGAAGUUUUAUUACUACGACCCCGAAGAGGAGAUCAGUCCCACGCUGAAGGAGGACAAGGAGCAGAAGGAGGAGAAGGAGCGGGUGACGGAGGGCGGUGGCCAGCUGGGGGUCGAGUCGCAAACGUAGCACCGGAGCCCGAAGCCGGCUUCUUUCCUUUUCUUUGUUUCUCGGACUCGAUCACUGAAGGAUGUUCAAAAAUCAAACUGAACUUUCAGACUUCAGCCAAUCGGCUCCCUCCGCUCAGUCCCGUAUUCGGGCGGGUUUCAGAUGAUCCACCCUCCUUUCAGCUCUCUGAUCGGCUCACGGGGAGUCGACUGGGGAGGGGCCGGGGAUGUGGAGACUCCGCCUCUCUUUUGAUGUCAUCGCUGAGCAGCCAGACAUCGAUGUUAGCUAAAAUCAGUAAAAGAGAAACGAGCUGAGAAAGUGUCGGUCGCCUCUGGGGUCCUCUGACGUGUGACGUGAAGAAGCACUUUGAGGCGAUACGAGAGGGUCUCUGAUCCCGAGAGCAGAAGGCGGUACAGAUUUAUCCCAGCUCAGAGCGCCGAGAGGUGACGAGGGCGCAGCACAAAGUGUUAAACGGUCCCCUGAAUGCACGAAAAGUUCUUUAAAUGGAUAAAACAUCACAGAAGAAACAAAUGAUUGAACCUUUUAAAGGUAAAUUUAAGCAGCUUUGAUUCGUCUGAUUAGCUGAUUUGUAGCUUGAUUCAUCAUAAAGAUAUUUGAUAGGCUCUAAUAUGCAGAGCGGUCAGCAUCAGCUGUGAGCUGGGAUCAGAGUCUGUGACCCAUACAUCCUCAAACGUCUGCCAUCUGUAAGAAUGUAGGAGACAUUUCUGGGUUUUGGAUCUGAAAACCUGGUGAUGAUGUGAAAGUGUUGCUCGAGGUGGCGUUCGUGGCGCCUCCGUCGGCCGAGGCGUUCAGGUGUCCCUGCUCUGAUCGCUUAAACAUUCAGGCAGGUUAGUUGUUCACUCCCACCGGAUCACGUCACCGCCCCAAAACUGAGGAUGUCCUCGUGACGUUUACGCUGCUGCUGAAGCGUGAGCGGCUCUCGUCUGAUUGGCUCGGAGACGUCAGCCGUCUGCUGCACUGUCGUGUAAAGUUCUUCACUUUCAUAUUUGCACUGAGCGACUUUUGUGCGUUUGGCCCAAUCGUGAAGAUGAGUCCUCGCAAACCGCUCCCCGUUCGUCGAACUCGUGUACGCUGAAACCUUUGGUACGAUUUUUGCACUUCAGGUGAGGAAAGGCGGAGUCUGAAUGUAGGUGUGGAGCUCCAGGAAGAGGAGCGCGCUGUGAAUGUCACUGAAAUAUUUCCUGAGAAUGAGCCUGGGUCAGCUUCGGGGUUUUAUCAUUGAGCUAGUCUUACUUGGCCGUCCUUUAGUUCCCACAGCAGCGUUUCCUCCACUGUCUCGAGCCCCACGCAGGUAAACGAGUCAGCUGACCCUUCAGAGAGCGACAGGUGAUCGUAAACAGCCGUUUUCUUCCUUCAGCUCGCUCAGAGAGAUCUGAGCAGACUUGGGCAUUGAAGGUCAAACCCCACCCACUCUCACACCUUUGCGCACCUGACCAACCACUGCACAAACAGAAUCGUUCAAAGUUACAGAGAAACGAACAGAAAUGACCCGACUUCAUUAAAAGUGUGGUGUGGGGUGGAUGAGUCGGGUGGUGUUUGAAUCUCUGUGUUUCCUUCAUGCAUCUGGUAACACGUCGGUGUGUGAGGCGGCGCGCUCCGUACGACGGCCGGGAUCCUGGAGGCGACCGCCGCUCUGACUGUCGGGGCGUCAUUACCAAAAAAAUAAGAAAAGAAGAGGUUUUUACUGUGACGACUACUGAACUACAGCUUCCCCAAGCUGCACUGGAACAAGCUGGCGUUCAGAUGAACUGGACCCGAGCGCAUUCAGACACUGGGAACACUGGAACACUGGAGCUGGGACUUGAGCGCCCUGCGGGCACUUCCAUGAUGUCAAACAGUGAACGUGGGGGUAAACCUGCACACUGAAGGAUAGGGAUGGGUACCGGUGUCCGGUGCCAUGAUGGCACCGGUGCUGACAUAAACGGUAGUAACCAGACCGAAAAGCAGCGCACAUUUCGGUGCUUUUUUUUCCCCUGAGCCAAUUCUAGCCAA